CCGUUGGACUUUCUUGUAAAACUAAGCAGUUUCUUUUGAAAAAAUCGUUCAAAUAUCAGAACGCAAAGCCGAACGGAGCCUUAUCGUGGAGAGACUUUCAAGCUCGCGGCGGUGGACGGGGACGGAGACAAUCGAGAGAGCGUGGAGGGGGGCAGUGUCGAGCGCCGAGCGUGAGCUGAAGGAGGGGGAUCUCGGUUACCGGCGAUCAAUCGAGAUAACGGAGCUCGAGGAGGCCGAGCCUAUGGCGACGGAGUCGUCAGAGGGAGAAGAGGAUGUGAAGCUAACAGGAGGAAAUCAAGUCCUCGUUGUUGAAGACGAUCUCAGAGAAAUGGGGAAAAAAGCUGCCUGGAGUGUCAGCUCGUGCAAACCUGGGAAUGGCGUCUCCGCUCUACGGGACGAUAACCUCGAAACUUAUUGGCAAUCUGAUGGCGUUCAACCUCAUUUGGUGAACAUUCAAUUUCAGAAGAAAGUGAAAUUACAGCUGGUUGUUCUGUACGUAGAUUUCAAGCUGGAUGAGAGCUACACGCCCAGUAAGAUAUCUAUACGUGCAGGGGACGGCUUCCAUAAUUUGAAGGAAAUUAAAACCGUGGAGCUCGUUAAGCCAACUGGUUGGGUUUACCUAUCAUUGUCCGGAAAUGAUCCAAAGGAUACUUUUGUGAACACUUUUAUGCUGCAAAUUGCCGUUCUAUCAAAUCACCUGAAUGGCAGGGAUACUCAUGUCCGCCAGAUCAAAAUCUAUGGACCUCGACCGAACCCAAUUCCUCAUCAACCAUUUCAAUUUACUUCAAGGGAGUUCAUAACUUAUUCUAUUAUAAGAUGACAAGUGCGGCCAGAAAAAAGCUCAUGAUGAAUGGUUGGAAUCAGCGAGUGGGCGAUGCUUGUUCCAAUCAGAGGAAAAUUGUAUGUAUAUUUUCUUUGAAGUUAAAUAGAUUCCUUGUGAACAUUUCAACCUGGAUCUCUCUGGAAAAACUUGGAUAGUUUUAUAAUCAGGCAUUAGUGUCUUGUUCAAAUAGUUGCAAUUAGGACGGCACUUUUAUAAUUUUAGGGAACUUAAUAUUUUUUACCCCUUAUUUGUAAUGUAUAAUUGUUUGUAAAUAAAACAAACCGUAGCUUCUUUAAGUCUAGGUUGAUAGCAGAAAGUGCUGUUAAGAAUAAAGAGACCUCACUGCUGUGAAAAUUGCAUUAAAGGAUAAACUGGAUGGAGGAUUUUCUUUUUUGAACUAUUUGAGGACUUAAUUUUUAUAAUUAAAAGUUUUAGGGUGUAAUUGCCAAUACCAUUAUA